AUGGACGCGGUUAAAGGAAUGCCAAUGAUACUUGGGGGUGAUGCCGCAGAAUGGUGGCGUGGCGUUAAGGAGCAAGUCGUUGAUUUUGCAGACGUUACACGUAGACUGCGCGAAGGUUUUUCACCUUCAAAACCGGCCUGGCGAAUUUAUGCCGAAGUCUUUGAUUUAAAGCAACAGAAGAGUGACCCGACGAAAACCUUUGUUCGGAAAAAGCGAGCGUUAUUUUCGCAGCUAGAUGUCGUUCCUGCCGAAGCAGAACAACUAGAUAUGCUGUUUGGUAUGGUGCACGCACAAAUAUGGGAAAGAGUAAGCCGACGGAAGAUAUCAUCUUAUGAAGAUUUGCUCAGCGAGGCUCAAGAAGCCGAACUUUUCUAA